AUGCCCAUCAACUCUAUUGUAGAGGAAUUCAAAGUUGCUAAGACCAGACUUCUGCUAACGCUGAGAGAUUCCAAAGACGAGAAGAUCAGCGGCGCUGGCAUCGAGGUUAGGACUGGGCGAAAGUGGUCAGUGAGUCGUGCGGUGGAGCUUGCAGAGAGCAGUCUCAAGCACCAAGACAUUGUGGGUAUGACAAACAUAGGAAAAGAAGGACUAGGCACCAGGAAGCACCAAAGAUGGGAGACUUCAACACAGCAGGAAAGAAGAUCCCUAGUACAGACCGAGAUCAGGAAAGAAGCAGAGCAGGAAAGAAUGUCAAGGGCAGUCCAGCUAGGACCACAGGGAAACUGGACAAGAUGGCAGGUUCCAGAAAGGAAAUUAUCCUGGCAAGAGAUCUGGCAGUACGAGCCACUCAGACUGAGUUUCCUGUUUUGUUCUAUCUACGACAUGCUCCCAUCUCCUACCAACCUGUACCAGUGGAAGCUGAUUGACGACCCGGCAUGUCCAUUGUGUGGUUCACCAGGAUCACUCAAACAUGUACUCUCAUCAUGCCCCACAGCCCUAUCUCAGGGGCGCUACAGAUGGCGUCAUGACCAGGUCCUGUCUGAGGUAGCCCAUGUCCUUGAGACCGAAAGGAAGAAAGAGAGACCGAGGCCAAACCAGAACCGCUACAUCGGGUUCCUGAAGGAGGGAGAACAAGUACCCAAGUCAGCCCCAGCAUCGACCGGAAUCCUGAAUGAAUCCAGGUCAUGGGAAAUGAAGGCUGACCUAAAGGAACAACUACAGUUCCCCCAGGAAAUCGCCCAGACUACCCUCCGGCCAGACAUUGUGAUAUGGUCCAGAAAUCCUAAACGAGUGGUGCUGGUUGAGCUGACAGUCCCAUGGGAGGAACGCAUUGAAGAAUCCCACGAGCUCAAGAGGUCCAAGUACGAAGACUUGGCCCAAUCCUGCAAGUCCAACGGCUGGAACACUCAGGUCUUCCCGAUUGAGGUCGGAUGUCGUGGCUUCCCAUCACAAUCAGUGUGGAGGAUGCUCGGAGCAUUGGGCAUCAAAGGAGCGGCACGAAAGCGCACAGUCCAUGCUCUGGGGAGAACAGCCGAAAGAGCGUCCAGUUGGCUAUGGAUGCUCCGUAGCAAACAUGAAUGGCAGCCAAGGUAG